AUGCGAUUAUUACUAGCGAUCCUUCCGUUUCUUCUGCUACCGGCUGUCGCGUUGGCAAUUCUGCGCACCAGUUAUGGAGUCUGGAAUUUGGACAGCAUUGGCGAUAGGUGAAUCAAUUGAAAACUUCAAUUCCUUUUUAGUUUAGCUCAAAAAUUGAAAACAGAGCGGCACACCAAAAUACCGUUUAUUCAAGACGACUUAUCUCAGCUGGCUGUAGAGAUAUCGAAAAGUUGUCAACUGAUAUAUUGUUCGUUGAAAUAUUGUGCACAUUUUAUCAGUUGACCACUUUUUGAUAUCUCUACAGGCAUCUGAGAUAUAUCGAUUCGGUCAAAACUUUGAAUUGAAUUAUGUUCAGGCUUUUAAGCCGUUUUAUAGUCCGCUCGGUCUGAAAUCAAGCCCAAGAGGCCUGUGAAGUUUGGGCCCAAUAGCACUAUUUCAGGCCUAGGCACCCCAAAAAGAGAGGCCUUCAAACCAUGAAAAAAGUGAAAACUUUCCAGAAACGCGCCGUCGUUCCUAAUCGACGAAUCGCGGCGCGAGUUCGUGCUCGACGGCCUUCCGUUCCGCUACAUUUCCGGCUCGAUCCACUAUUUCCGAAUUCCGCGCGCGCGAUGGGACGAGCGUCUUUCAAAGGUGCGCGCGCUCGGAUUCAACGCCAUUCAGUACUACAUUCCGUGGAAUUUGCACGAGUUGGACGAGGGAAAGUGAAUAUUGUUUUUUUUUUUUUUGGUUUUUCGCAAAAAACGGCCCUCUCUUUCAGUCCUGACUUUUCGGGCCUUUUGGACUUUGCCGAGUUCUCGUCGCUCGCGUUUCAAAAGUACGGAUUGUGGACGAUACUCAGAAUCGGUACAUAGUUUAUAAAAUACCGUACCGUAAUUCUCCUCUCGAUUCAGGACCGUACAUUUGUGGUGAGUGGGAGAACGGCGGACUUCCCGCGUGGCUGCUCACCAAAAACGUGACGAAACAGCGGAGCAGCGAUGCAGUGUAAGACGCGUUACGGUAGGACUUUGGAUUACGGUAGACGUUGGCACAGGUUCACGCGAGAAGUCGAAAAGUGGUUCGAGACGUUGCUGCCGCGCGUGAAACCGCUGCUCCGCAAGAACGGAGGACCCGUGCUCAUGCUUCAAAUCGAGAACGAGUACGGCAGUUACGACGCGUGCGACAAGCAGUACUUGCGCUUCUUGAGGGAUUUGACGAGGGCCCACGUCGGCGACGAUGUCCUGCUUUUCACGAGUAAGAGUCCAGCGGAGCGCAUUUGCUCACCUCGCUCUUUCAGCCGACGGAGUAUCAGAGUCAAUGCUAAAGUGCGGAAGUGUGGAGGGCGUCUUUCCGACCGUCGACUUCGGACCGACGGACAACUCGUCUCAAGUCGAGGCCUUUUUCGAUCUGCAAAGACAGUUCGCCCCGAAUGGGCCGUCGGUCAACUCGGAAUACUAUCCCGGAUGGCUCGUGCUGUGGGGACAGAAGAGUCAGAGCUUGCCGAGCGCUCAAACCAUAAUCAAUGGCGCGCAGAGCAUGUACUCGCUCGGCGCCAGCCUCAACUUUUACAUGAUCCACGGCGGCACCAACUUUGGCUUCUGGAACGGCGCGGAGACCGACGCGCCGUGCAUCACUUCCUACGAUUACGGCGCGCCGAUCAGCGAGGCCGGCGACGUGACGGCCAAUUACCUGGAGAUCAGGAAAUGGGUGAAGGCACUGCCCGAGUGGACGACGCCGCCGUUGGAUGUGCCGGGAAAUGCGCCGAAAGGCGCGUUCGGAAAGAUCAAGAUGAGACUGGUGCAUUCGGUCGAGCGGAUGAACUCAAUGAUGGGAUUGAGUGCGGGAGACUGUGUCGACUCGGAUCGGCCCAUCAGUUUUGAGACCCUCAAUCAUCCACUCGGAUUGGUGGCUUAUCAGGCGGUGAGUUACUGAUCUGAGACUUAAACCUAAUAUUGCAGGCUUCUUGGACUUGGAUUAAAGUUUCAGACCGGUAGAAACCUGGACUUUUCGGCGCUAAAUAACUAUAGAUCCGGACCAGAUAGUCUGAAACUUGGACCCAAGAUACUUCAAUUCAAGUCCAAAAAGCCUGCAAACUUUGAAAGCUUCAGACAAUCCAAUCGUGCGGCAACCUGACGAUUCCGUCGUUCGGCGACUUUGUGUACGUGUAUCUGAAUGGCAAGUACGUCGACACGUUGACCCGUCACUAUUACAACCUGACGCGCAACUCGACCACCCUUGACGGCUGUCAGAGUGACGGUGACGGUGAUCGCCGACUCUUUUUGCUCGUCGAAAAUCAGGGACGACAGACCUACGAGACGAUCAACGACAGAAAAGUGAGAAAUAGAAAUGAGAUCCGUGCAUUUAAUGAAAGUGUUUAGGGAAUCCUCUCCGACGUGUUUCUCAACGGAGAGCCCGUUCGCUUCUGGACCCAGUGUGGCAUCAAACUGCCGCUUCAGAGCAACUUUGCCAAGAAGACGAGGCGGAUGAAGCAGAUGAAACCGAAAAAGUCGUCGUUGUACAACAAUCAGAAGCAGGGCGUGUUCGUCGGCGUGCUCGAUGUGCCCGCUCCCGCCGACACGUGGCUCGAUUCGAGCGGAUGGGGCAAGGGAAUCGCGAUUGUGAACGGGCACAACGUCGGAAGGUUCUGGCCGACGGAGGGACCACAAAUCGGACUUUAUAUCCCUGCGGAGUUUCUGAAAGUCGGCGAGAAUUCGGUGAUGAUUGUCGAGUUGGAGGGCGCGCAGGACGCGUGUCUGAGCACGAACGCGUGCGUCGUCGAGUUUGUCGAUCAUCCGAUCUUCCGUUUUUUGGAAUAA